GUGUAAAACUUUCCAAGAAAUAAGUUAUGCCUUGAAAGAAUUAAAAUUAAAUUAUUAACAAUAAAUAAUUACCAUUAUUUUUAAAUCCCAUUUUUAUACUGUAUGGGUAACUGCAAAUUAUCUAAUUAUAUAUCAGUAAUAAGCAGUGAUAUAAUAAGUAUCGUGAACUCUUUAAUGUGGAAGAAAAGAUAUAAACUCCAAAGUCUACUUUUUCAUUCCUGGACUAUAAAAAAGUAAGAAAGUAUACAUCAUAAUAGGUUCCUCAUAUAAAUAGUCCUUUUUUGCCACUAAUUUUAUUUUUUCUUUGCAAAUAGUUCACAAGCAGAAUUCAUACUUGGUGAAGAAGCAACAAAUAGUUUGCCAUCAGUGUCCCAGUUGUGAGAAAGCAUUUACUUGCAAAGAUUAUCUCAUCCGCCACAUGAAAUGGAAGCAUUCUGGAUUUAUAAUACUUGCUGAAGAAAAAAUACUGACAGAAAAAUCAUUACCCAAAAUAAGAAGUUAUGCUUCCUGCCAAGUUAUGGUGCAAUAUAGAAUACUAAGCAACAUGAACAAAGGUAAAGAUGGUGAAAUGCUUUUUUUGAAAGAUAGAAAUGAAGAAGCAGAGAAUAAAAAUCAUAAAAACAAUGGAAAAAAACAUUUUCAGUUGGUUACUCACUAUCAGAAACAUAGAGGAAAGCCAUAUUUAUGUAAAGAACGUGUAAAAAAGGUUGAUGGAUCAUUACUAUGUCUGAUCAGACAGAAGGGGGGGCAUAUAGGGAAGAGGUUUCAUUCAUGCAGAAAAUAUGGGCUAGGUUUAAGUCAAUCACCAGGACUAUCCACUUGGAAGAAAACACAUGUAAGAGACGAGCCAUACUCAUGUAGAGAGUGUGGGAAAAGCUUUAGCCGAUCAGCAACCCUGACCAUUCACAUGCGGAUGCACACAGGAGAGAGGCCGUAUUCAUGUAGGGAGUGUGGGGAAAGCUUCACUGUCUCAUCAACACUGGCCACUCACAUGCGGACGCACACAGGAGAGAGGCCGUAUUCAUGUAGGGAGUGUGAGAAAAGCUUCACUGACUCAUCAACAUUGGCCACUCACAUGCGGACGCACACAGGAGAGAGGCCGUAUUCUUGUAGGGAGUGUGAGAAAAGCUUCACUGACUCAUCAACACUGGCCACUCACAUGCGGACGCACACAGGAGAGAGGCCGUAUUCUUGUAGGGAGUGUGAGAAAAGCUUCACUGUCUCAUCCCACUUGGCCACUCACAUGCGGACGCACACAGGAGAGAGGCCGUAUUCAUGUAGGGAGUGUGAGAAAAGCUUUAGCCAAUCAGCAACCCUGACCAAUCACAUGCGGUCGCACACAGGAGAGAGGCCGUAUUCAUGUAGGGAGUGUGGGAAAAGCUUCACUGUCUCAUCAACCCUGACCAAUCACAUGCGGUCGCACACAGGAGAGAGGCCGUAUUCAUGUAGAGAGUGUGGGGAAAGCUUCACUGACUCAUCAACCCUGACCAAACACAUGCGGACGCACACAGGAGAGAGGCCGUAUUCAUGUAGAGAGUGUGGAAAAAGCUUUAGCCAAUCAGCAAACCUGACCAAACACAUGCGGACACACACAGGAGAGAGGCCAUAUUCAUGUAUGUGAGUGUGGGAAAAGCUUCAGUGUCUCAUCAGUAAUGCUUCUUGUGGUGCCCAGUAUUCAUCAAGCUUGUCAUAGGCUAACUGUCUAGUAGUGUGGCUAAAUAUAUAAACAUAAAUUAUGAAAUAUUUUUUGAUAUGAGUAACACAUCUUCAAUAAAGAAUAUAUCAAAGUCAUAGAUUUUGAAUCAAAAAAUAAAGUUUAGUUUAUAAAGAAAACUAAUUAAGAAAAAGGGAAGUUUAAGAUAUGUUUGUAUCACCAUAGGAUUAUAACAGAGGAUUGAUUAAAACUGUCAAAUGUUGAAGUGUUAUCCCAUGAAAAUUGUUGGCACCCACUAAAGCCAAAACCCAUUGUCUUUGGAAUUUAUCCCACCACCACAUGUUUUUGCUACUGUUUGCUCUGUGAAAAAAAUAAGGUAAACUCUUUCCUGUAUUCACAAGUCUGCAAUGUAAAUAAAGCUAUAUUUUCCCUUAAAGAAUGGGAAAAUAUUAAAAUGGCAAAUAAACAGUGAGGAGAAACAUUGCAGUGGUUAUUUGUCCUCGUCAUAUCCUUUUAUUUUUAUUUUUCCAGAUGUCAUAAGAAUUAAUGUUCUACCAGGGUGAAUUGUUGCUGGACAUCCUAAACCUCUGAGAUGCUCCUUUUUAAAAUAAUGGCAAUUAGGAAUCUGAAUUACAAAAUAGCAUAUAAUCAGAGUAUUUUUUUGUUUGGAAAAGCAAGGAUAUGUUUUUGCUUAUUUCAUUUAUGUUAUUCUAUUCUAGCCAAUUACUACUC